UCACAGUUGUUCAUACAUCCUUGUGUAGUUCACUACAGCAAGACCAACAUCACCGUCAACAAAAUGAAAUUCUUCAUCGCAUUCGCCCUAGUUGUGGCUGCGGCCGCCGCUCUUCCUGUCGACUCCGCCAAGAACGCCGAGAUCACAAACUGGGUUUUUGACAACAUCGGUGUUGAUGGGUACAAAUACUUAUACGAAAGCAGUGACGGCAAGGCCGCCUCCGAGCAAGCUGUCGUGAAGAACGUUGGAACUGAGAACGAGGGUCUCGAAGUCACUGGAAGGUACUCAUACACUGGCACAGACGGUGUCUUUUACGAAGUCACCUACAUCGCCAACGAGAAAGGUUUCCAACCCCAGGGCGUUCACCUCCCUAAGUAACACCCACCAUGAUACAAUCUAGUCUAAUCGACCGUAAUGUUGACCGUCUUCUUGUUGAACUUGCACAUAAUUAGGAAAGUAAAUAUUUUUUUUUGAUUCCAA